CGAACUCCGAAUAUUCAUACCAGUAUACUUAUCAAUAGCUUUUUCCAGUCAGUGAUGCAGAAUGACUUUAAUCGGUCAAGAAAGCUUCUUGAAAAGUUACGAAAUAAGAUAAAUACUCCAGAUGUCAAGAUGGCAUCAAUACAUAGAGUGAAUUAUUACUCUUGCUUUCUGCUUUUACUAUCCAAUCUCAUUUCUCAAGGAAAGGUCCAUAUCCAGAAUAUUAAGUUACUCGUUGACGAAGCAACUAAUGAGAUGAACCAAUUACGCACAGAGAUACGCUCCAAACUAGUUCUAUGUGUUGUAAAUAGCCUUGAUGAUGGAGUAAAGUAUGGCGGGAUAUAUCAGCAAUCUAUUGCUAAGUAUGCUGGGGCUCUAAUAAAGAAUUUCCAUAUCAAACCAUCUCAGCUAGCCCAGGAAAUCACGAAGAAGGAGACGCUAGAUAAGUUGAAUAGAAUUUGUGCGAUUAACUCCUUAACACCCAAGGAAUUGCCUUGGGUAGAAAGAGUUACAAGUGCCAUUGACAAUUUCAAAGAUGACAAUGGAUAUGUCAGUCUAGAGAAUCUCUGUAGAUAUAUUGGUUACACAAGAUUUGCCAACUAUGACAGUAACGACUCUCACAAGUUGAAAAUGUUUGAAAUCUAUGAUUCUCUUUCGACAGAGAAAGAGAGAGCCGAUUUCAUCGACAACUAUUUGGAUUUCAACAAAACCAGAGAAAUGAUACUUGAAUCAAACUGUCUUGAUUUGGUAGAAAACUUUGAUUCCAUACAUCUUUCUAAAAGUAGAGAAUUACAGAGUAUUGGACACUUCAAGCUUAUUCAUUCCAAAAUGAUCUAUUCGUGGUUUGAAUCCAAUGUUAAGGAAUUACAAAGACUAAAGAGCAAACUCAAGACCGUUUCUGUUACUACUAACCUUAAUGAACAAGAAAAAAUACUUACUAAAUACCUCACGUAUCUCGAACUUAUUCCCGAGAGAGCUUUAGUGACAUUAUUUCUUUCCAAUAUGCUCUCAAUGACAAUCUCUUCUAAAGAAGGUGGAGUCAAAGUAGUUACCUUAACAAAAUCCUUGUUAUCUUUAUUCACUCGAUUGCUAAUGAAAGACAAAUCAUUUACGAAUGUAAAGAAGACACUUUUAGAAUUUUUCAAUGACAAAAAUGAUGCUGCAAGACUCAUUGGAGCCUUGAUCGACAUAUUCAUUCACAAUUGCAAGUUCAAAAUCCCUCCACAGCAAUUCGAGGAAUUCGUGCAAGCACAGCAACUUCUUCGUCAAUAUGUGGAAGGUGACUAUAAGAAAGAUUCCCAUGAUAAUUUCGAUUCGUUUCAUUCCACAUUAGUUCCCUUAGAAGGAAAGAAAACUGUGGGGAUAUUAAGAAUUCACCUGUACUUGUAUCAACAGUUCAAGAUUUACGAUUCUCUCGCAUUCAAUAAAUCUUUAUAUUUUCCAAUGUUGUACCCUCCCAAGCCAUGGGUAUCUCCUACCAAUGGUGGAUACUUGCUUGAUUUGAAGCCAAUAAUCACUUCUUCGGACAUUAAGACAUCAAUGAAAUAUAUUGAUAGGGCCAACUCUUCGGGACAAUUAAAUUCAACCUACGAAGCACUCAAUUACCUAGGAAGUAAUGCCUGGGCAAUCAACUCAGAAGUGCUCCAAGUAUUCAAUGAAGUUAUGAAACUAGACGAAGGAUUUCUUAAAAUUCCGCCCACUUUAAAGGUACUAAAAACAGAAGAACAAGAAGACUAUAAUGACCUCAAGACUAAACGGAUAUUGUUCAACUUGGUUCACGUUGUUGCUAAUAGCUACGAUGUAAACGGAGACAUGCUCUUCUUGCCACAUAAUGUCGACUUCCGGGGCCGCGCCUAUCCUAUGGCUUCUCUAUUAACUCAUUAUCAAGAAGACGCCGUGCGAGGUAUAAUGAUGUUUUGGCAUAGUCAACCUUUGGGUUCUACAGGUCUUAAUUGGCUAAAGUACCAACUUGCUGGAGUGUUUGGAAAGGACAAGUUGUCAUUUGAAAAUAGAAUUCAGUUUGUGGAUGAGAAUUUGGAAUCUAUAAGAGAAUCAGCUGAAAAUCCCUUGAGCAAGAAUCUGUGGUGGAAGGAAGCAGAUAAACCGUGGCAGACAUUGGCACUUUGUAUUGAGUUGAAUCGAGCAUAUAAUUACGUUGAACAAGGUAAUAAAAUAGAAGAGUUCAGGAGCCGGAUGCCAGUUCAUCAGGAUGGAUCGUGUAACGGUCUACAACAUUAUGCUGCAUUAGGUGCAGAUACAGCAGGUGGUGAAGCAGUCAAUAUUGUUCCCAAUAAAGAAAACUUACUGCAAAGAGGAGACGUCUAUAGUUCUGUUCUUCAAAUUGUGAUAGAAAAGGUCCAAAAGGAUCUCACAGGAGAAGGUAAUAGUGAUAGUAGCAAUAGCAAUUUUGAACUAUCUUCAAUAGCUAUGCAGAUUCUCAACAGAAAGUUGAUUAAGCAGACUGUGAUGACUACUGUUUAUGGUGUAACUACAUAUGGUGGAGCUUCACAGAUCUACCUCCGAAUCAAGGACUUGAUUCAGGAGCACGAAAUUAAGCUCCACAACGAUGAAAAAAUUGAUUUGGAAUUCCUUGAGAAAUUAAGAAGAUACCGCCGGCCCCUUUCCUUGUAUCUAUCGAAGUACGUUUUGAAUUCAAUUUCUGAGUUAUUUAGUGGUGCCAGAAUAAUUCAAGAUUGGUUGGUUGACAAUUGCUUCAGGGCUAUCAACUCAUUUGAUUUGGAAACUGUAGACUUUAUCCGACACAAGAGUACAACCAAUAAUAUACCAUCAUUCUCGAGCCAUACUUCAUUCAAGCCAAUGAUGUGGACCUCCCUCUCUGGAUUUCCCAUUGUGCAAUUAUACAAGCAUAGCAAACUGGAUGUGAUUCCAACGUCUUUGCAACUGAUAUCCAUUAACAAGCCACAAGAAAUCGCUCCAAUCAACAAGAAAAAGCAGAUGAAUGCCAUUGCACCAAACUUCAUACACUCAAUUGACUCCAUUCAUAUGCUCAUGACGUGUGUGGCGGCGAAGAAAGCCAAUAUCCCGUUUGUUUCAGUGCAUGAUUCGUUCUGGACAUAUCCAAACCACGUUGAUGAGCUUUCCGUACUAUUAAGAGAAGAAUUCGUAAGACUCCAUUCAUCUAAUAUCGCAGAGAAUCUACGUGAAGAUUUGCUAUACACAAUGUCUAAGUCGUUCCAGUUGGUCUGGGUGUAUAGAGCAGAGAAUGCACAAUUAGUUGAUGAAAUAAAGGAACUAAGAAAGACUUACGAUAUUUCUUCAUAUGGUGGAGGAACAAAGAUAGAUAAGAUCCUUUAUCAUGAACUCAGGCAAAUGACAAAUGACAAUUCAACUGGAGACAAACCUUUUAAUCGUGAAUCAACUCAAAGUGUCCAAAAAAUCUUAGACAAGCAUAAUCCUACGUUAUAUUUUAGAUCAAGGUAUAACCCCAAACUCGUUCAACAGUACGAUUCAUCUUUGGAGCUGAAACUUACCAAAACAUUUAACAGGAAAGAAUUCACCCCUGUUCUAGUUCCAGUAUCCAUUUUGAAUUGCCCACCAACAGGAGAACUCGAUCUCUCUGAAGUAAUGAAGAGCAGAUAUUUCUUCUCCUAA